CCACCCCAAAACCCAGCACUGUGAAGCAGUUCACUGAGUACCUAUCGUGGUUCUUUACGAAUUGGGAGGAAUUUGCUCAAGGUUUGUCGUGGGAUAUUAUUUAUGUACAACACGCAGACAGCAAGCCGAUGGAAAACUGGCAGAGAUGUGAUUACGUCAAUCCCAGAAGCCGUGAGGAAAAAAAAAUUGUGGCGUUCUGGGAUAAAAAGGUACGCCAGUACCAGUUCAUUUUGACGCCCGAAGACAUCGAAAAACUAAAUGCAAUUAAGGAGUCAACUACAGAUAAGAAACAAGAAGCAGCAGUGGGAAAUCAUCAGGAGGAAUUAGGGAGGUAA